AUGGUGACCUUCUCCGACGUGGCUGUGAGCUUCAACUCAGAGGAGUGGCCGUUCCUGGAUGUCUCUCAGAGGAAGCUCUACAGAGAUGUGAUGCUUGAGACCUACCAGCACCUGUUGGCCACAGACCUUAGGAAACAUAGAAAAAGUCAUAGUGGAGAGAAACCUUAUGCAUGUGAGGAGUGUGGGAAGACCUUCCCUAUUGCCUCAAGCCUUAUUAGACACUUGCGAAGCCAUACUGGUGAGAAACCCUACAUAUGUAAGGAAUGUGGGAAAGCCUUCAGUCGAUCUUCAUGUCUUACAGUCCACUGGAAAAUUCAUACAGGAGAGAAACCAUAUACAUGUCAGGAGUGUGGGAAGGCCUUCAGUCAGUCCUCAAACCUUUCUGAGCACAAGAGAAUUCAUACAGGAGAGAAGCCUUAUUCCUGUGAGGAGUGUGGGAAGGCCUUCACUAGAUCCUCAUCCCUUUCUGGGCACAAGAGAAUUCAUACAGGAGAGAAGCCUUAUUCCUGUGAGGAGUGUGGGAAGGCCUUCACUACAUCCUCAAGUGAAUACAUACACUUGCGAAACCAUACUGGUGAGAAACCCUACAUAUGUAAGGAAUGUGGGAAAGCCUUCAGUCGAUCUUCAGACCUUAUAGCCCACUGGAAAAUUCAUACAGGAGAAAAACCAUACAUAUGUCAAGAGUGUGGGAAGGCCUUCAGACGAUCCUCAACACUUUAUGAGCACAAGAGAAUUCAUACAGGAGAGAAGCCUUAUUCAUGUCAGGAGUGUGGGAAGGCCUUCAGUCGAUCCUCAAACCUUUCUGUGCACACGAGAAUUCAUACAGGAGAGAAGCCUUAUUCAUGUCAGGAGUGUGGGAAGGCCUUUACUCAAUCCUCAGCCCUUUCUGCACACAAGAGAAUUCAUACAGGAAAGAGACCUUAA